UAAAUCAGAACAUGUUAGCGUUGUUCAAGUAAUGGCCAAACUAGCGAGUAGAUUGGCUGAUUAAAAUUGGUAGUACCUAUAAUAAAAAUGUCAAAUAUAGUAAGCUCUGAUCGUCCUAGGCGUUACUUUGGCGUGCACUACCGCCUCUUGAGGUUCUUGGGGCUAGGCUGGUGGCAUCACCCAGACGAAGGUGAUUUCAGGAACUUCCCGAGCUGGUACCUGUACUAUUCUAUACUCACUCAAGUCGUUUGGGUGGCGGGUUUCGUCGGUCUCGAAACCAUCGAUCCUUUCAUUGGCGAAAAGGAUAUCGACCGAUUCAUGUUCAGUCUCUCAUUCGUCAUCACCCACGACCUCACUUGCAUCAAGCUUUAUCUUUUCUUUUUCAAAAACCGUGCUAUCCAGGAGAUCGUGCGCACCAUUGAAAUCGACGUUUACGAUUACUAUCAAAAUGUUGAUAAAAACCGUAGAACAAUCAGAAUUACAAAGAUAAUGACGGCGUCUUUUGUUUUUUUCGGGUGGAUUACUAUUGGCAAUACGAACGUAUACGGCACUAUUAUGGAUUUAAGAUGGAAGAGAGAAGUAGCUCUUUUAAACUAUACUGCCAUAAAGCCGCCACGGACGCUCCCUCAACCCAUUUACAUACCAUGGACAUAUCAAUCGGAUGAGUCAUAUAUCGCGACGUUUGUGCUGGAGACAGUGGGUUUGCUGUGGACGGGACACAUCGUGAUGACUAUAGACACUUUUAUCGGGUCACUCAUUCUUCACAUGAGCUCUCAGUUUUCAAUACUACAAGAGGCAUUCAUGACUGCAUAUGACCGCGCUCUAUCGCAACUAAUCUCGGACAUGCCGCUUGAUAUUGAUGAGAAUAAUGACAUUAAAGAUCGUCUGGAUGAGAUAGAAGCUAAAGUUAAAUCAUUUUAUACGGACAUUCAAAUUGAAUCUGCUAUAGAAAAAUCGGUAAAGAGCUGUCUUCGCCAACAUCAAUUGUUGAUUAGCUGCGUGGAAAAGUUCCGAGUGACUUACUCCUACGGCUUCAUGACUCAGCUACUGUCCAGCAUGGCGGCUAUUUGCGUCGUAAUGGUGCAAGUUUCGCAAGAUGCAUCGAGUUUCAAGUCAAUUCGUCUCGUGACAUCCCUGGCGUUCUUCAUGGCAAUGAUCAUACAACUUGCCAUACAAUGUUUCACGGCGAACGAGCUUACGCUUCAGGCCGAGCGCGUUUCGGAUGCGGUUAUGCAGUCAAAUUGGGAACGCAUGACUCCUCGUGUACGUCGGUACCUCCUGAUAGCAAUGAUGCGAGCACAACGGCCUCUCAGGCUAUCAGCCGCCGGCUUCGCUUACAUGGAUAACCGGUGCUUCUUGGCAAUAAUGAAGGCCGCCUACUCGUACUACGCCGUCUUGAGCCAGAAGGAGGUGUAGACAGAUAUAUACUAGACAUACUAUACAUAGCAGAUACGCCACUUCAAGACAUUGUUUUUAG